UCCGCUACGUCACUUCCUUGAGGACCUGCCAAAUAUGGCGCUCCUGCUAAGGUUGUUGGUUCGACACGGUGUUUGUGUGUCCAGAUCACAGCGCAGCCUCCUCUACAGACAUGCUGUUCCAAUGGGAACCUCAGCCCAGGAGGAGAUGAACAAGUUUUGGGACAAAAACACCAGAUUAAACCGUCCAGUGUCUCCACACAUCACCAUCUAUAAAUGGUCCUUCCCAAUGGCUAUGUCCAUUGCACACAGAAUAAGUGGAGUGGGCCUCAGUGGAGCGAUCUCGACCUUUGCCCUGACGUCUCUGGUGCUGCCUGGAAGUUACCCGCACUACCUGAACCUGAUCCACUCGCUGUCGCUCGGCCCCUGCAUCAUUAGCCUGGUAAAGUUCGGCAUCGCCCUCCCGCUGUCUUACCACACCUACAACGGCGUCCGCCACUUGUGUUGGGAUGUUGGAAAAGGCUUCAGGAUCCCGGAGGUCUACGGUACUGGCUACAUGGUUGUCGCCCUGUCUGUCAUCACCUCCACUGCUUUGACUUUCCUGUGAGCACC